UAAGAAGAUGUGAGGCUUGGUGUGUAUGCUGUUACAGGCUGAUACUCGAGGGCAGCUAAGAGUGAGCCCAAGUGCUCUGCUUCCAGGACGGAGAGAAAGGCAGCUGCUGAAAGCACAAGCUGGCAGGAUCAUGACAGACCCAAGCAGCAGAAAGGAAGGAUUUAAAAAACGCCGGAGUGCUACAUUCAAUAUUGAUGGCUAUAACUUUACAAUUGAUGGCAGCAAGGUUGGCCACUCCUCCUACCACCCUGCCAGGCCCAGAGAUUUAUGUGUGUUGAGCCUGUUACUCAUCCCUGAAAGCAAGACUGCACAGUCAAUUUGGGUGCCAUUUUCCCAUUGUCUUUCAAGCCGCACAGGAGCCUGUGGGGGUUGCCAUCUUGGAAGGAAGGCUUACCCCACCAUUUAUUUCUUUGCAAAUGAGACACGUGACAACCAUCCACAACCACCAUUACAAUUUGCCCGGUCUAAAUCACAAAACUGCUUGUGGAACACCAUUAUCGGUAGGCUGACCAGCAACCUCAAGGAAAGGCCAAAGCUGACCAUUAUCAGUGACCCUAGACCUCCUGAACAAAUUUUAGCAGAUGAACUACUGCCAGUGGACAGUCCUGACGCAUUGGUGAAAACAUCUUUCAGGAGAAAAUAUAAGAAAACAUCACAGAGAUUGCGGUCUUUGGUAAAGCAAUUGGAGAGAGGGGAAGCUUCAGUUGUAGAUCUAAAGAAGAAUUUGGAAUAUGCAGCGACUGUUCUUGAGUCAGUAUACAUUGAUGAAACUAGGCGUUUACUGGACACAGAAGAUGAACUCAGUGAUAUCCGGUCUGACUCUGUGCCCUCAGAGGUCCGUGACUGGUUGGCCUCUACCUUCACACGGCAAAUGGGGAUGAUGCUCAAAAGGACUGAGGAAAAACCCCGGUUCAGGAGUAUCGUCCAUGCAGUGCAAGCUGGGAUAUUUGUGGAAAGAAUGUACAGGCGUACUUCAAAUAUGGUCGGCUUGAGCUACCCACCAGCUGUAAUUGGAGAGCUAAAGAAUGUAGACAAGUGGUCCUUUGAUGUAUUUGCACUAAAUGAUGCCAGUGGAGAUCAUGCACUGAAAUUUAUUUUCUAUGAACUUCUCACACGCUAUGAUCUGAUCAACCGUUUCAAGAUUCCUAUUUCUGCCUUGGUGUCUUUUGUGGAAGCUCUGGAGGUUGGCUACAGUAAACACAAAAAUCCUUAUCACAACUUAAUGCAUGCUGCAGAUGUCACACAGACAGUCCAUUACCUCCUUUUCAAGACAGGCACAGUGCAUUGGCUGACAGAGCUGGAGAUCUUCGCUAUGAUUUUCGCAGCUGCCAUACAUGACUAUGAACACACUGGAACCACCAACAGUUUUCACAUCCAGACACGGUCAGACUCAGCCAUUCUAUAUAAUGACCGGUCUGUGCUUGAAAAUCACCAUGUUAGUGCGGCGUAUCGUCUUUUGCAAGAUGAUGAAGAGAUGAAUAUUUUAUCUAAUCUAUCAAAGGAUGAUUGGAGGGAAUUUAGAGCUUUAGUCAUUGAGAUGGUGUUGGCUACCGAUAUGUCCUGUCACUUCCAGCAAAUCAAAGCUAUGAAGAAUGCUUUGCAGCAACCAGAAGGAAUUGACAAGCCGAAAGCCUUAUCACUGUUAUUACAUACAGCAGAUAUCAGUCAUCCAGCCAAGGCCUGGGAUCUCCAUCAUCGCUGGACCAUGUGUCUGCUAGAGGAGUUCUUCAGACAGGGUGACAAUGAAGCAGAACUAGGGCUGCCCUUCUCUCCUCUGUGUGAUCGGAAAUCUACUAUGGUUGCUCAGUCUCAAAUAGGUUUCAUUGACUUCAUUGUGGAGCCCACCUUUACUGUGCUGACCGACAUGACAGAGAAAAUUGUGACUCCGCUAAUUGAUGAAGCUUCCCACUCUGGCAUGUCUGGAUUUAGGCGUUCCAGUUUGAAUAGCAUUAGUCCCUCUGAAGUAAAAAAAUCAAGUGUCAAGAUCACUGGGUCUGAAGGAAGUGCCUCACUCAACUGCUCCAUACUCACUGUGGACUUCAAAUCUUUUAAAGCCACCUGGACUGAGGUGGUGCAGCAGAACAGGGAGAAAUGGAAAGCACAAGCCACCAAAGAUGCAGAAGAAAAAGCUAAGAAGGAAGCAGAGGAGAAUGCUUAUCAGGGAACAGAUGAAAAGGAAAGAGAUGAACAGGAUGGCAAGCCAGGUGAAGAUGUCACAGAAGCACAGAGAGAAGAGAGCAAAAAACCAAAUCCUGGGGAAAGCAAAACUGCAGAUUCCAGUAAGGAUCCUGUAAACGGCACCUGGCAAAGUGGUAUGAGCAAAUAUGAAGCCUAUCAAGGGAAAAAUGCACCUAGGACAGAUAAGAAAAUGUAUUCUCAUCAUACUGUGGGAGAAGAGAAACAGCAUAUCCAGAAUGGUGAAUUAAAGGAAGACGACAAAUUGGACAGAAAAAAUAAGUUUAGUGUGGGGGAUGAAUCAAAGAAAAUAGAUGAUAUGGAAGAGUAAAAAUAUAUUUAAAAAGAGACUGCAAAUCUCUUUCAUCAUUUUAUCUGACCUUCUUCAUUCCUGUUCUCCUACUCCUGCAAAGACCAGUUUCUGGCAAAGGCAUUAAACAACUUUUGAAACGCUCCUCCACUCACUGGCUACUUCACACCUAGUGACUCUGGGUUCAAGGAUGGGGGACUUGGUUUUUUGGUUAAUUUUGUUUGUUUGUUCAUGUAUGUAUGUUUUUUAUUGUUGGUUUUCUGGAUUUUUUUUUUUGUUAAAAGGUCAAAUUAUGAUUUCAUGAUGCAAAUGGUUCUAUUUUUCUGGCCAGGUCAAACAAAUAGAAAAAGAAUUCUUCAAAAGCUGGUUUUGCCCUUUGCUAUGCUUCCGCUUGUGAAACAAACACUUAGGAUGAUGCAAAAGAAUAUAAAAGAUAAAAAAAAACAAACAUUCCUUGAUAAUAACUCACAUUUUCUUUUCACUGAAAACCUUUUCUAAUUGCUAGUAGACAGAAUUUGGCAUUGGUUUUACCCCGUAGAAGAUUUUAUUAAUAAAACCAGUGAAUUUUUAGAGCCAUUUGACCAUUUCUUGGGAUUUGAUAUCUUUCACAGGUAAUACAAUGAAAAAAAAAGCUUUUCUUUCUAAACAGCAGUCAGAAUUCCUCAACCCUUGAUUUUGUUCUUUUUUUUGCAGUUAGGAAAGAAAUCACCAAGGAAAGUAAUAUUCUCUUGGGGAAAAUCUUGUCAGACUUGAGCACAUGUAUUAAUGUGAUAUGCCUGCGUAGCUUGAUAUUGGAGGAUAUUAUCUGUUUUCCACAUUUUUUCAUGGCCCACUAGUAAUAGCUGUUUGUCUGACCUGAAGAUCUAGGAGGAGAAGGACAUCAGGGAAUCACAUGGAUCAGUUCUUACUUUCAUCUCAGUUUGAUCUUUCAUCACUGACUGAAUGGACAGUCCAAUGAAAAGGAAAAGCAUUGUUGGAUGAGGAUGGACAGAAAAAAAAACCAAAAUAAGAAUGUAUGAGGAACACAAAGCACAUUUGUGUUUCUGGCUUGGGAUCUGAAUAGGAAUCCAGCUAAUUGUAAGCAAUUUUGUCUGUUUAUGUGGAAGUCAAGACAUGUACAUAUACAUACAAUUAUUUUUGCUGAACAGCUUGCUGUUCAGGAUGAGAUCUUGCUAUAUUACUCACAUAUGUAUUUUUUAAGGAAUCAUAUUCCUGUAAUGGAUCUUUUCUAUGUAGAGAACAUGCAAAAUGUUGGCUUAGGAAGGUAAAUCUAGUAUUCCCUUUUCAUGUUCAAAAGCCCAGAACUUUGCAAACAGAAUUUGGGUCUCUGUUCCACCUUAAAUUCUCCAUAUAUAGUGAGCAGCAUCCUGUGACACUAGCAAAAAUUACAGCAGUAAGCUCAGACUGAAUCCAUUUUAAAAGUAAACACUUUUACUUAAGACUAUUGAGUAUCUCACAUAUUCAUUAUUGAGGCUAGAAGUAUUUUAAGGGGAUUUUUUGUACUCCAGUUUGAAUUUGUUUAAAGCCAGAGAUUUAGAUUAUGCUCAUGCUAUGAAAAGGUUGCACUUCAAUCAUGUGUUUUCAGAAAGAAGUACAAAAAUAAUUCUUGAAGUUUUUGGAAUUCUCAAUUGGCUUCACUGAAGUGGCUCAUUUAAAUUAAAUAUGAGGGGACAUAGUGUUCCCAUUUGUGAGUUUGUGGUUCAGUAGUAGCUCUGGUGUAAAUUUUUGAGGAAAGUGAAGGGCUGGGAGGGCAGUGGCUCCACCAUCAACACUGAGCACAUUCCAUGUGACAGGCUGUGUCACCUUUUAGCAUUUUUUGACUCCUCUUUCCUCUCCUUCAUCAGCAUUCAGCCCCAAUGAGAGUAGUAGAAUAUGAAUUCCAGCCCUGAGCAGGUUAUUUAUGUAUAUUUAUUUAUAUUUACACUGAUGAAAUAACAAUAAUGCUGAAGUAAAUACCACAGUGGUGACAGUCUGUGCUUAGACUUCUUCAUCGAGUCAGCGAAAAUACACUCUAACAGAGUGUUUGGUCAGAGGUGCAGAGUGAUUUAGUCAAUAGUUUUAGUCAAGUUAUUCUUACCUUUUACAGUGGCUAAAGAUGCCUUAGAUUAUGCACCCUAGAAAAAUAAUAUUUUUUGAGAAAAUCAUAUCUUUUUCUUCACCUGUUUCUGAUAUACAUUUCUUUCUUUCUUUCUUUCUUUCUUUCUUUCUUUCUUUCUUUCUUUCUUUCUUUCUUUCUUUCUUUCUUUCUUUCUUUCUUUCUUUCUUUCUUUCUUUCUUUCUUUCUUUCUUUCUUUCUUUCUUUCUUUCUUUCUUUCUUUCUUUCUUUCUUUCUUUCUUUCUUUCUUUCUUUCUUUCUUUCUUCCUUCCUUUCUUUCUUCCUUCCUUCCUUCCUUCCUUCCUUUCUUCCUUCCUUCCUUCCUUCCUUCCUUCCUUCCUUCCUUCCUUCCUUCCUUCCUUCCUUCCUUCCUUCCUUCCUUCCUUCCUUCCUUCCUUCCUUCCUUCCUUCCUUCCUUCCUUCCUUCCUUCCUUCC